AUCACUCCGUUGAGCCUUCACCAUCACCUCCCUCUCUGGCUCUCUCUCUCUCUCACGCAUACGAACACACUCUCUACUAGUACUAACCUCUCACUAAUCUAUAUCUAGCAGCAAGCACACACCGUAACAUCAAAGCCAACGACGACGCGGGGCCGGCCGCCCAUGGCCUUCACGUCCUUAUUGGGCAGCGACGCGGAGCGGAAGGUGGCGGUGGCGGAGGUGGCGCUGCGGGCGGUGCUGUGCGGGCUAGGCGCGCUGGCGGCGGCGCUGGUGGCGACGGACACGCAGACGCGCACCUUCUUCUCCCUGCAGAAGAAGGCGACCUACACGGACAUGAAGGCCAUGGUGCUCCUGGUGGCCGCCGCGGCCACGGCCGCCGGCUACAGCCUGCUGCAGGCGGCGCGCUGCUGCUGCUGCGUCGCCCUGCUGCGCACGUCCAUCCGCCCCCGCGCCCGCCUGCUGCUGGCCUGGUGCGUCUUCGCGUGCGACCAGGCGCUGGCGUACGCGCUGCUGGCCGCCGUCGCCGCCGCGCUGCAGGCCUCCGUCGUCGCCAAGCAAGGCCUGCCCCAGCUGCAGUGGAUGGCCAUCUGCGCCCUCUACGGCGCCUUCUGCAGGCAGGCAGGCGCCGGCGUCGCCUGCGCCGUCGCCGCCGCCGUCGACGCCGCCCUGCUCGCCUUCCUUUCCGCCUUCAACCUCUUCAGGCUCUACGGCGCCAAGGCCUAGCGCCCAGCCCACCACCACGACGUAGCUUUGUUGCAUUAAUUAGCACAGCAGAGGUGCCUUCCAUCUGACCAUCCUCUCUUGCAAACACCGUAACACCGCGUAGUAGAGUAGAGAUUAUGGAGAGACAAUUAAUAAGGUGCGUUCAAGCUUUAUUAACAUAUAUAAACGCAUUACUCAUCAAUAAAUUCUAC